AGGCCUAGGGUUUAUCCCGCAAGAAUCUGGGCGGAGGAAGUGCGCGCGCUCUAGAGAAGGAAGGGAGGAGGUCGCGGGGGGAAAUAUGUAUAAGGAGAGAGGCGGCGGCGGCGGCGGCGGCGGGGUUUCCAAGUCCGAGGUGGUGGUCGGCGUCGGCGUCGGCGGCGGCGGCGGCGCGGAUCGGAAGCAGAGGAUCAACAUCAACGACGUGCUCGACAAGCACCUCCUCGAGCGGUCCUCCCCGUCCACGUCCCGCGUCGUCAACGGCAAGGACAAGUCCCCCCACGCGGUCGUCCUCGGCAAGGCCCCCUCCGAUCACCGCGAUUCGGCUCGCUUCAAGGCCAAAUCCGAUGAGGAAUCUGAAACAGAUAGUGAAGAAUCAGACGUGAGCGGUUCUGAUGCAGACGACUCAUCUUGGAUCUCAUGGUUUUGCAAUCUUCGAGGAAAUGAAUUCUUUUGUGAAGUUGAUGAUGAUUACAUACAAGAUGAUUUCAACCUGUGCGGUUUAAGCAGUCAAGUUCCUUACUAUGAUUACGCACUUGAUCUGAUUUUGGAUGUCGAGUCCUCUCAUGGUGACAUGUUCACUGAGGAGCAGAAUGAAUUGGUUGAAUCAGCUGCAGAGAUGCUUUAUGGUCUAAUUCACUCCCGCUACAUACUGACUAGCAAAGGAAUGGCAGCUAUGCUGGAGAAGUACAAGAACAUUGACUUUGGUAGAUGCCCAAGGGUUUAUUGUUGCGGACAACCAUGCCUCCCUGUUGGGCAAUCAGACGUUUCUCGUUCAAGCACCGUCAAAAUAUACUGCCCAAGAUGUGAGGAUAUAUAUUAUCCUCGAUCCAAGUACCAAGGCAACAUCGAUGGUGCAUACUUUGGAACUACAUUUCCUCACCUAUUUCUGAUGACAUAUGGCCAUCUGAAGCCACAGAGUGCAUCGCAGAGUUACGUCCCUAGAGUUUUUGGGUUCAAGAUCCACAAGUCAUGAUGAGUUGCUCAUACAGGGUAUCAUGAGUAUGGAUUCUGCUUGGAACAAAUGCUUUCUCACUGUCCAUGUAAAGUUAACGAGACAUCACGUCUGGGUUCUUCAAUAUCUGAUCAAGGAACCUAUAUUCACAUACAUAACGAGGAAGUAACUGUCAUCAUCCUGUGCCGGGAUCAUAACUACGUUUCGCUGCAUCGGAGGAGGAAUCAAUUCAAGCUCCUUGAGAUGGCUUCCUCUUUGCUUUUUUAUUUGUUACUUUUAGCUGCUAUCUAGUUGCAGUCCUUUUGUACUCUUGUGUGUAUCAUUCCGUAAUUCUUUAAUUACCGAUGAAUGAAGCUGAAAUUUUUCAUGAUAUAAGUUGUUGAGAUCGGAAUUAUAAGAUUCUACAGUUGUGCGCGCACCCUUAGUCAUGUAAAGGCGUUGCCAGUUUUCUCAAGGUGACCUUAGAAAAAGAAGUCUGAGAACUUUAUGUUGA